AGCCGAUUAGGGGUCAGAUUUUAGCCGAUUGGGGCUCGCUCUCCUACCCAAACCCAACCCAGCCAAAACCCGUUCGCAGAGGCGAGUGAAGUGCAGUGGGGCAGGUUGCAGAUACCGACGGCAAGAGUUGCAGACAACGACGACAAGGGUUCCGACGGUCCGAAUCAAGCUUUGAUCAGCAAGGUCAUCUUAUACUGAAUUCCAGACUGCAAAUGCUCUAACUUGGAAACAUGAAUGCUGAAGAGGGUAAAGGAUUGUCACAAAUAAAUCCAUCUGUAACUUUGACUGGAACAGCCAAAGAAGGUGCAAUUGGACCACCUGUUGGUAUGGUUGAUAUUGGCAUAAGUAAGUAUGCCUACCUUUUUCGGGUUGCCUUGCCUGGUGCAAGGAGCAAACAACGUAAUAUAAAGUGUGAUAUCCAUCUGGACGGAACAGUCAGCAUAGAAGGAGAGAUAAGUGGCAGUGAAGUGUUGAAGAAUUCAUCAACUGUGUACAAAAUGAAGGUGCAGCAGUUGUGUCCGGAUGGACCUUUCACUGUUUCCUUCAACUUGCCUGGAGCUGUUGACCCCAGGUUAGCAUCUCCUUAUUUUAGAUCGGAUGGUAUUCUGGAAGUUGUCGUGAUGAAAAAUAGGAUACCCGGUUUUUAGGUUGAUGGGUUGAUAACUGGCUGGUUCGAUGGCUGCUUCCCCCCUUUAAGUAAUCUUCAUAGCAGAGCUGGUCUUAUUUGAUAUUUGUUCCAUCCUCUAUUGUGAACAAUUCAUGAAUUUAAAACAAGCGAUGUACUCGAACUGUGCAUUUCGAUUAAGACGCAGUUCAUUUUUUGACCAAAUCAAAUUUUGAUUAAGGUUCAUGUAACACAUUAUUUUGUUGAUUUCUGUCAGAUUUUCCAACAAAGAUGCUCAGAGCAAA